AUGUAUGGCUCGUUGGUAACAGUAUGGACUGGGCGCCGCCCCACAAUUGUAAUUGGAGACCCGAAGGUGGCUUGCGACCUUCUAGAUCGCCGCUCAGUAAUUUACUCGUCCCGUCCUCGAUUCGUGGUCAUGGGCGAACUCUUUACAAACAAUGAUUCUCUACUCACAAUGCCUCACGGAGACAAAUGGCGAAAAACUCGGAAAAACUUUCAUAUGGGGCUUCAUAGGCGCGCUUGUGAAAGCUACAAACCGAUACAGGAAGCUGAGUCCCAGAGGCUUACUCGCGAUCUUUUGGUCACCCCCGAGGUGUUCGGUAAACAUCUGGAGAGAUAUGCUUCUUCCGUUAUGAUUUGUGUUGCAUAUGGACGCAGAGUAGACAGCUUGGAGGACCCAAUUGUCAAGAAGAUUUAUGACCGGAUGGCGUACAUGUCGACUCUCAAUGUACCUGGAGCAUUUUGGGCGGAAUCGUUCCCUAUCCUCAAGCUUAUCCCCGACUGUUUGGCCCCAUGGAAGCGAGAAGUUAAGCGUCGCGCAAAGGAUUCGACCGAGAUGCUUUCCAGACUCGCACUCGAUGUUAGAGACCGAAUGAAGAAAGGGGAUGCUCCAGCAUCUUUUACGAAGACAUUAUGGGAGAGAAGAGAAGGAAACCCGGAAGCUCUUUCCGAGCGAGAGAUAGCAUACGCGACCGGUUCAUUGUUUGGUGCGGGAAGUGAUACCUCAUCUGCAACGCUUAUGAGUUUCUUCCUGGCCAUGACUUGUUUCCCCAGGGUUGCUGCGGAGGCACAGGAAGAAUUGGAUCGGGUGGUCGGCAGGGAUCGAUCUCCUACUUGGUCUGACGAGCCAAAUCUCCCGUACUGUCGUGCGGUUAUAAAGGAGACCCUAAGAUGGAGGCCAGUUGCUGUUAUGGGAGGUACACCCCAUGCAAGCAUCAAAGACGACCAGUACAACGGUCACUUCAUCCCGAAGGGCGCAACGAUACUGGGUAACCUGUGGGCAAUUCAUCACAACGAAAAGUACUUCAAGGAUUCCCACGACUUUAUCCCGGAGAGAUACCUUGGCUCUGGAAAAAUUGACAGGAUGGAACCAUAUCCGCACCGUGAUGGACAUUCCGCUUUUGGAUGGGGACGCCGUAUCUGCCCAGGCAAACAGCUUGCUGAGAAUUCCUUGUUCAUCACCAUCACUCGGGUUCUCUGGGCCUUCAAUAUCUCCAAGGCGACCGAUAAGCACGGCCAAGAGAUAACCCCGAACAUCUUUGCAUAUACAGACGGCUUCAAUUCGAAACCGCAGCCAUUUCAAUGCCGAAUUCGGUCUCGCACGCCCGGCAUCCAGCAAAUCAUUGAGCGUGAGGCAAGACUCGGGGAACAGUUUUUGGAUAAGUACGAGUGCAAUUGAGUUACAAGGGGGGGUGAAUGUGGGCGAUUCCUUUUUUUUUUUUUUUUUUUUUUUUUUUUUUUUUUUUUUUUUGUUAUUCUGGCGCAGUCGGUUAAAGGGCAACGGAGCACGUUCGGAUUUUCAACUACAAUCCCCACCUAAUUAUGUUUCUCCUUUUUGGUAUGGCAUUUAAAGGAAUCGGCGUAAUAUCUUUUUUUUACUUUUCUCUCUUCCUCUCGAUUUAAUUUGCUUUUUAUGCCCGCCGCGUCGCAGUCGUUUCACACAUUGAACCUGUUUGAUUCGGAAUAUUUUUCCUUGUGACUGUACCCUUGUAUUUUGUUUUUCCUGGGAUCGUCACUACGAUACCUUGUCGAAUGAAGGGAGGAGAAGCUACUGGAGAGUGCGAGGGGAAGAGGGACGUGAUCGGUAAAGGAACUUUUAGGGAUUUUUAUUUUUAUUUUUAUUUUUAUUUUUUUUGUUUUUGUUUUUUUCGUCUGAUGUAAGUAAUACAUAAGGAAGGGUAGUGGGGAUGAAGAAGUGGAGCUGCAACUCUGCACAAAUAGAAAGGACAAUAUAUCAUAUCA